UAGGACGGAAGCGUAUAUAAAUGAGAUGAAGACGAGGAAAGUAGACAAACCACCCGCACAAAAACACUCUUUCUUCUUACUCUCAGUUGAGGUCAAUUCUUGGAAUCAUGUCUGAAAUAGGAACAUCUUCUGCACCCUGCCAAUAGCAGCCAUCCCCUCAACAAUUAGGUCCAUCCCAACCACAUAAUGGCAUAGAUUGCUGUACUGCAGUUGGAUGUACUAGAAGUGACUGCCAAUUUUUCCACCGGUCCUGUGUGGGGAAGUGCUUACCUGUGGAAUUUAAUGAACUUGGGCAGCCCAUUGGAGCAAAUGCAAGGAUACUGGCUCGAUCAAUUGGGGACAUUUCAUGCAAUUGGGAAGUUUGCCCCCAUCUCCAACAUUGAGUGGAAAAUGGUGCCAAAUCAGAAGAAGGAAGAGAUGUUGAAAGCCAUAGAGGAGAGGUUUGAGUUCAAUGUAGAUAAAGGCAGAACAUAGAUCCUUGAAAGACUAAGCCUGUGUUGUUGGGCACGCUUGAAAGCGGCGCAUUUCAAUCCCUAUGACCCUGACCCUGACUUGGAAGCGAGGAAAGACAAAGACAAAUUGAUCACUGCCUUGAAGCAUAUCGCUGCCAAGGCUAUUUUAGGUGAUUGGGAAGACAUUCCUCGAAUUGCUGGUGAUGGUUUGCAUGCUGUGGGAGAGGAUCAUCUAUAUCUUAAAACGGUCAGCCGUGAGACCAUCACCAUUCGACAUUGACCAUCCGUUAGUUUAAGGCUGAGGGAGAGGCGAUGGAUGACAACUCGUACCUUGGACUCAUUUACAUCAACUACCCGACCCAACCGUCACUCGAGCCAUAUACAUCAUCGUAUCCGUUUUGACAUGCCUUUCCUUAGUUCAGUUGAAGUCAAUUCUUGGAAUCAUGUCUGAAAUAGGAACAUCUUCUGUACAGUCAUCCCCUGAACAAGAAGAUCCACCCCAACCGCAUAAUGGCAUAGAUUGCGGUACUGCAGCUGGAUGUGCAAACUGUGACUGCCAAUUGUUCUACCAAUUCUGUGUGCGGAAGCGCUUACCUGUGGAGUUUAAUGAACUUGGGCAGCCCAUUGGAGCAAAUGGAAGGAUACUGGCUCGAUCAAUAGGGGACAUCUCACGCAAUGGGAAGUUUGCACCCAUCUCCUACAUUCAUUGGAAAAUGGUGCCAGAUCAAAAGAAGGAAGAUAUGUUGAAGGUCAUAGGGGAGAGGUUUGAAUUCAAUGCAAAUAAAGGCAGAACAUGGAUCCUUGAAAGGCUAGGCCACUGUUGGAGGGAUUGGACGGCACAUUUGAAAGCGAGGUAUAUCGAUCCCUAUGACACUUAUGAGGAGAAAUUAGCAGCCUAUGACAAGAUAGUCAUUCCUGGUCUGAAACGCCCUCGCCUGCGCUGUAAUAGCUCAGAGUGUCUGUUUGCAAAAGGUACUGAGGAUGUCACUCCUGAUCAGGAACUCAUCCAGCAGCCCAGUAGCCCAGAGGGUGUUAGCACUGGACAACCUACCAAUACUGAGGCCAUGACAGAGGCUGAGGCGGGGAAUCAGAGAUUAGAUGCAGAAAGCUUUGAAGGCAUGAUGGAACAACUGGAAGGCAUUGCGGCUGACUUAGAAGCGACGAAAGACAAAUUGGUAACUGCAGGAAGCCCAAUGAAUGAAUUGGCUAAAGUAGAAGAAAUGCUAAACCAGGUUGAAGGAAUGAAAAAGAGAAUGGUAAGUAGAAGAGGCGAUAUGAACACACUGGCUAACAUCAACCAUGGAGAUGUUAAAGGAGGAGCUUCUAGCUGCACUCAAACAGAUGCUACAGAUGAAAGACAGCAACAAGGUUGAUGGUUUGUUAUUUUUUAUGUACUUUGCAAAUUUGGAUUUUUCUUGAAAUUGGAUUUAUGGGUUCAAAUUAAUGUUCUGAUUUCUUACUUUUUAGGGUUUUGAUUGUGGGCAAAAUCUUAGGAGCUGACUUGAAUCUAGGGUUUCAACAUGGGAUUUUAGCUUAAAUGGAGGAACUGUUGUUUGCCACUUGAA